AAGUUGAGAGAGAGAGAGAGGCGGUGAGGUCCGCGGGAGCGAGCGCCGCUGUGGAUUACACCGGCCGGGGGAACAACAGGAGAGACGGGAGCGCCGCUGCCGGACGAGGGGAAGAAGUAGUUUCACACGGUGGUCGCUCGAAAAAAGUUUACGGGACUUUUAACCCUCGUUCAGUUUGAGUAGUAGUGGAGAGUGUCUGCUGUUGUCUCCGAGUGGAGGAGCUCUGCUCAGGAAGCCAUGCUAAUAAACAUCUGUCUCUUGCGGUGAGCUGCUGCCUCGAGGACAGUCGGAGGCAUCAUGGCGGAGCUGCCUAUUGCCCCAGGCCAGGUCUACAUCGAGGUGGAGUACGACUAUGAAUACAAGGCCAAGGACCGCUUCAUCGCCAUCCGCCAGGGAGAAUGCUACAUGCUGGUCAAGAAAACCAACGAGGACUGGUGGCAGGUUCGGAAGGAAGAGGGGACUAAAGCUUUCUACGUACCUGCCCAGUAUGUCCGCGAAGUCCGCAAAGCCCUGAUGCCACCUCCUAAACCUCUCCCACAUCCUCCUGCUGCCACUGGCAACACACCUCCACACAGCAGCGGUGCUCUUUGGGUAAAGCCAACCAGUCUGGAGCUGAGUCCCCACGGCAGGUCCACUGAGAACCUCCACAGAAAAGAGUCCAACUAUCGGCGCUCUCCCUCCGCACAAACUGCCUCUUCUGGGCACUUCAGUCCGCCCAGUCAGCGCCGGGACAGCAACCACCAUCACCCCCCUACCACUCCCACCGACCACGAGCGAGCUUUUGCCGACAUCCUCGUCCAGGGUGGCGGCCCCCAGCCCGACCACAAAGGAAGGUCCAGCACUCUACCCCGCUCCCGAGCUCGAUCCCCUGAGCUGGUCAGAGCCCCGCUGGACGUGGACAGCACCCAACACUGUGACUCUGCGGGCGAAGAGAGACGCACCAACGACUCGGAGUCAGGAGACGAACUGAGCAGCAGUUCAACCGAACAUCUCCAGACGGUAUCUUCAUCAGGCCAGGGCCGCUCCGAGUCCCCCGUCUACACCAACCUCCAGGAACUGAAGAUCACCCAGACCAACCUGCCGCCUUACCCCUCCGGCUCCCCCGUCCACGUGCUAGGCGACUGGGAGACCUACAAAGACCAGAACGGCAGGCACUUCUACUACAACCGCUCCACCCAGGAGAGGACCUGGAAGCCGCCCCGAGCCAGGGACACCAGCACCAGAGGAGAAAACCACAGUGCAGGAGAAAGCUCUGAGACCACUCCUCUCUCGCUCUCGCCGUCUUUCCUUCCCUUCCUCUCGCUCUCCAUCGGUCGACUCCAGCCUCUGUCAUCCGAGGACACCUGCUUCAGCACCUACUCUAGCCAGUCAGACAGUCAGUAUGGCUCGCCACCGCGUGGUUGGUCGGAGGAGAUGGACGAGCACGGCCACACGCUGUACGUCAGCGACUAUACCAAUGAGAAGUGGUUGAAGCACGUGGAUGAGCAGGGCAGACCGUAUUACUACAGUGCAGAUGGUUCAAGGUCAGAAUGGGAGCUGCCAAAGUACAACAUCUCCCCUCCACAGCCAUCUGGAGACGCACCAAAGAGUCGCAGUUUGGACAGGAAACACGUGGAGCCCAUCGUCCUGACCAAGUGGAGACACAGCGCCUAUGUCCCAGACCCCAACGACAAGCGGCUGUUAAAAACCAGGCGUUUCCGCUCAGGCUCCGCCCGCAUACACCCGUACAAACACCAAGAUGCUCCUCUGGGUCAAAAGCCCCCCUCUCCUGACUCUGACUCCUGCCCUUCGUCUCCCAAGCCCCCCACCUCUCCGUCCGAAAAGUGCGGAGUUCUGAAUGUGACAAAGAUCACUGAACACGGCAAGAAAGUGAGGAAGAACUGGACUUCCUCCUGGACCGUACUCCAAGGAUCCACGUUGUUAUUUGCCAAAGGCCAAGGAGGCGGGACCAGCUGGUUUGGAGGCGGUCAGUCCAAACCAGAGUUCACCGUGGAUCUGAGGGGCGGCUCGGUGGAUUGGGCUUCCAAGGACAAGUCCAGCAAGAAACACGUUAUAGAGGUGAAGACUCGACAGGGCACGGAGCUGCUGAUCCAGUCAGAAAACGACGUCCUGAUCAAUGACUGGUACCGAGCGCUGCAGGACACCAUCAGCACCCAUGCCUGGGAGUCUGAUGAGGCCAUUGAAGAGGACAUGCCGGAGUCGCCUGGUGCAGAGAAACACGACAAAGAGAAAGAGCACAGAGACUCAAAGAAAGGCAGAGCCAUGAAGACCUCCACCAGCAUGGACGGCUCCGACAACAAGAAGACCAGACACAAGCUGAAGAAGUUCCUGACCCGCCGCCCGACCCUGCAGUCCGUCAGAGACAAAGGAUACAUCAAAGAUCAGGUGUUCGGCUGCAGUCUGUCCAGUUUGUGUCACAGGGAGAACACCACGGUGCCGAUUUUCGUCAGGAUGUGCAUCGACCACGUGGAGAACGACGGUCUGUGUAUAGACGGGCUGUACAGGGUUAGUGGGAACCUGGCUGUCAUACAAAAACUUCGCUUUGCUGUCAAUCACGAUGAGAAGGUGAACCUGGCAGACGGGAAGUGGGAGGACAUCCAUGUGACCACUGGAGCUUUAAAGAUGUACUUCAGGGAGCUGCCGGAGCCUCUCUUCACCUACGCUUUCUUCCAUGACUUUGUCAGCGGCAUCAAGAUUCCAGACUACAAGCAUCGAGUUCAGUCCAUCAAAGACCUGGUCAGACAGCUGCCGAAGCCCAACCACGACACCAUGCAGGCUCUCUUCAAACACCUCAGGAAGGUGAUCGACCACGGUGAGGAAAACCGUAUGACCACCCAGAGCGUGGCCAUCGUGUUCGGCCCAACGCUGCUGCGACCUGAAACAGAGACCUGGAACAUGGCGGUCCACAUGGUCUACCAGAACCAGAUAGUGGAGCUAAUACUGCUGGAGUACGAGAACAUUUUCGGCAGGUAGAAAGAGACGCCGGAGGAUGAGGCCUCUUUGUUUUUGUUCUCUCCCGACGCAGAGCUCUUCCUAUCCCAGCAUGGCCCUGCCAAAAACAGCCCGGCCCCGGCUUGGUUCAGCCUGGCCCAGCGCGGCCCGGGGGCAGCUUCUCUUCAUCUCAAACCAACCUGCGGUCACUGGCUUCUCCAAUCUCGCAACCUCCGGACCAAAAGCCACGCAAAUAUGAACCAAAACAUAGAUGUAACGAAACUAGCGACCAAAAAAGUUUUAGACUCUUUGCACUUUUCAGUAUCUCAUUUUCUUCUGCAGCUGCGUUUGUGCCACUUUACUGCAAAGGUGACGCCCUCCUGUCCCGACACUGGAUUCCUAAAACUAAUACAUGGGCCAAACAAGCCUCUAAACACUGCACAGACUGACUGAGAGCCUCAGUAGCCUCGAUCACAGAGGAGGCGUUAGUAUUGGAGGUUGGAAGCGGAGGUGCAACCAUGUAUGUACUGUACUGUAUAUUCUAUGAUCUGUAUAGACCGCGCUGGGGAACCGACAGAAGAAACCAAACUGCUUGGCUUUAGACGUUUAGACACUAAGAGGAGAAAGAGAGUUAGAACAAGGAGAAGAAGGGACGAUAUAGAGGUCUUUCAUUUAGGAGCUAUAUGUCGUUAAAGAACAAUUUCUGCCCUUUCCGUGUUGUUCUAUCUUUCACUUUAUUUUAAAUGUUUUGUUCCUCUUCUACCUCUUUCUAUCUCUCUCUUAGUUAGGGCUUGUGUCCACAUAGUGGUUUUUUUUUUACAAGUGCGUAUGAGGCAGCGUGGGGCCGCCUAGAGGAAAAAGCGCUUCCAGAGAGAAAGAAAGAAAACUUCACCGAUUACUGAUAUAUCGGCCGUUACGGUGAAUUUUUUAGCUGAAAUGAAAAUGGUCUGAUAUUGCAUCGAUAUGACUCUGCAAAGAUACUCUGAACGCUGCUUUCUCAAACAAAUAACUUUCAAAAUAUUCUUUAACAUAUAGACUGCACUGAACCAAUGAACACUGGGAAGGUAAAGAAUAAAUAAAAAUAUAAUACAUUUUAUUUUUUUAUUUGCAUUAUAAACAAUAAAAAAAUCUGUUUUCAUAUCAGUGCAUAUUGGAUGACAUACACACUAUCAGUAUACGGUACCAAGAUGUCUGCGAUAGGCAAACUCUGCUGAGAGUUCUCUACUAUGUUUUGCUGUCAUUUAGCUUUUCACUACUGCUUGUUAAACCCUGGGCCGGGCUAUCACACACACACACACACACACACACACACACACACACACACACACACACACACACACAGCAGACGGUGAACCGGAUGAAGUGAGGAGAGUUAAUGACAACUUGAGUAAAACGUAGAAAAAGAAGAAAAGCGAUAUUUGUCCACAGUUGUUGCUUUGCACGACCGCAGAACGUUUGUUAAGCUAAUAGCGAAUUGUUCGAAAUCGCCUUGAUAUUGACAUAAAAACAAAAAGCGCCUCAUCCUUUCUCUCCCCAGCCCUGCCAGCAUUUAAAUAAACGCUAUAUACACACAAGCCCUGAAUCUAUUUCUCCUUCUUUUUUUUUACCUUUCUGAAAUCCUGGACUGGGGUCCUCUGAACACAUAAGAGGUUAUUAUCACGCUGUAAUAUAUACAUAUAUAUCUGCACGCCACCUUUCUCCAUUUGGCUUUACGAACAAAUCAUCUAGCAGCAGUCAGAACAUGAACUUACAAAAAAACAAACAUCGGUACUCAGCUGUGUCUUUCCUCGACUCAUGGAUAUGAAAUGUUCAGGCAAACAGCCUUUUAACAUGACUCCAUUGAUACAUCUGUACAGUGUUUAUGUGUGUGCAUGCGUAUGUGGGGAGGGGGUGGACGGAUGAAUGGAUUUAAUGACAUUAUAUUGUACAAAUAGUAAAUAUAAGUACGUAUGCCUUGAGUGUUAAACAUGUGGGAGAAAUCACUAUUUUGUGAUCAUUGUGUAACCAACAGCUGGGAGGAAUAAAGCUAUGGACUGGGGAUGUGGAGGUUUACCUGUGUGUCAGGUAAAUGGAAGAUUGUGAAUGUAACUUUGGAGAGAAACUGUUGGCUGUAUCAAACUGGAAUAAAGACCUCUAAUGAGAGAUAUUCCAAAGGA